AUGAAGGGCCUUGUAUACUUCGCCGUGAUUGCCUCUGUGCAGGCUUCACACUUUGCCCACCAAUCUCUCCAUCGUCGGGCUACGGGUAGCACCAACUGCAAGACAUACACUGUCCAGUCUGGAGAUAAUUGUGCAAGUAUUGGCAAGUCUAGUGGAGCCACAUGGGCGCAACUCCUCUCGUGGAACUCCGAUAUCAAUAGCGAGUGCUCGAACCUUGGUAACCUCUCCGGCAAGGAUAUCUGCGUCAGCAACCCCUCAGGCGACUAUGCCAUCCCCGCCACCAGCUCUGCAUCUUCAAGCGGUGCAAGAAGCUUACAGAGCAUCGUCACCACCACAGCUCCUGUGCCCUCGCCAAUAGUCUCCGGCACUAACACCAAAUGCGCCCAAUACUAUCAAAUUGGAUCCAACGAGACAUGCGACACCGUCACGGACAAGUCCGGCAUUUCCAGAUCUGACUUCCUUUUCCUGAACCCCGAGCUCAAAAAGGACUGCACCAACCUCCAAAAGGAUGUCUACUACUGCGUGCAGGCUGUUGGAUACAUCACAACUUACUCCGGCCACGCAGGAAGCACCACGGAUAACUUCAACAAGGUCUCCAUGACCUCCGUGCCUUCAUCCGCCGCCAGACCAAACUAUUUCUCUGGCUCGUACACCGGCUCCAAUCCCGUCAUUCCCAUUGCCAAUGAUACCAGAAAGGACUGUUACGAGUGA